AUGGCCUUUGUCACCUUUGUUCGCGCUAACCCUGCUUUAGCUCCUCUCUUCUUAUUCUGUGGUGCCGGUUGUGUCGCUGCUGUAUCCUAUCCACUUUACUUGCUUAGAACUCAUCCUGAAAUUGAACUUGACCGCAAGAACCCUUUCCCUUGGAAUCGUGUUCAACAACAUCAAAAUAUCAAGUUUAUCAAUGCCACUCCAGAGUUCUACAAGGCUCGUAAAGACUUAAAGACCAAUAGCUUUUAA